AAUUUUUUGCUCGCCAUUCUGCCGGAUUUCGAUUGAAGUGAACUGAGCGCUACGAAAUGACAAAAGUUAGUGAGGGAGAAAUUUCUGACGGCGACCAAGAUGUCGGGAAAUGUGGUCUGAAUUUCCCGCUCCUAGCCAAAGGGUUUGUCCGACAGGAUUCAACACACGAUUUUGUGAACAAUCACUCGGAGGGCAACUUUAUAGCUUUAAGCGGUUCCAAAUCGGAAGUGGUCACCUUGGAGUUGAGUAGCAAAUUCUUAGUCAUCGAACCCUUUCCCUACUUUGUAGCUGUUUUGGAACCCAAAGUAGUGGAACCUAGACCCCUUGACGUUUUGGCCAAGCGAGUUGAUCUGGUGGGCAUAUACGAUAGCUGUGAUGUCCUGGAGGCACAACAUUUGGCCCUAGAGCCAGCAUACACGGCAGUUUGCUCCGUUUCUGUGCCAGCAGCAAGAUUAAUAGCUGUCAAAAGGGCACCCAAGUUGCUCACAAAUGGAAACCUUCUACUGGCCUCCCUGAACUCCUUCGGAUACUUCAGUCUAAUGAGCAAACCCGCCGAGUACAACCGUUGGAGUCGGCUAGAAGAACUCAAUAUCGCUGUCGUCCUGAGGGACACUCUUCUGCCUGAAAUCGACGUGGCCAAGAUAAAAAAUUUUGAGAAAUAUCAGGCAUAUAUUAAUCGAGCCUGGAUCACAACGUUUACUUGGUUACCGGAUGAUUCAAAUACCAGUGGCCAACACGUUUUGAUCCUAGGAACUGCGAGUGGAAGUUUGUGGUUGCUCACAAUGAGCCCCGAUGCGAAAACUCUUUUGAAUCACCAACAAACGGAAACCUCUUUAGGUCGCAUUUGCUAUAUACACGCUUUCAAUGACCUGUUGCUGGUUGGCGAUAUCAAGGGACUAAUCCAUCUUUACCAGUUUUUACCAGAGGGUCUUGUCUUGGCAAAGCCUUUGUGGGAAAAAGCUGAUCGAUUGGGUCUUCAAAUGGCCGAAAUAACUCAAUGUCCUAUCAAGGAUUGCUUCUACAUCACCUGCUGUAAGGCGGCACAUUUGCUGACCUGGAGCAUACUAAGAUUAAGGGAGAAGGAAUGGCUGGAGACGCGGCUCUAUGUCGGCGGUAUGAAGAUCACAGGACUCUGCACUCUGGGCAACAAUAGCUAUGUUGCGGGAACCGUAGGCAGCGGUUUGCAACGGAUUCAAAUCAUUCACGAGAAUAACCAGAUUAGCCUGCAGAUGCAAUCGAUCGCCCUCGAUGUCCUUCGAGACUUCCAGGUGAUGGGACUCUGCACCACCAAGCACAAGAACCUAAUGACCGUGUGUCUUUACCGCAACAAGGAAUAUAUGAGCCAAACAGUGCCUCAAAAGCAGCAAUUGGUUAUGCAAGUGGUCAAGGUGGGGUAUCAGGAUGCACUAUCUCAACUUAUCAGACACUUGAAGUCCAAUAAUCCUAUUAAUCACUAUACCGAUUUACUAACUGAAUUACGUCUUCACAUAUUCGAGGAGGAGAAUUUGCAAAAAUAUAUGAACUUUGGUCCAUUGGAUUCGUUUAAGUUUACUGAUCCUGCCACAGAAGCUCAACUGCAGCAGUUGCAAGUUAAAUUCCAUGUUCUUCAAACUGUUCUCCACCUGCAUUCAAGUUUACUUCAGCUUACUUGUCAUAUCAAAAAGACCAAAGAUGAAAUGCAGUUGCUGCUAGCGAUGCUAUUCAUCACACACAUAAGACUGAGACUCCAAUUUAUUGGGUCACUUAGUAAAAAAACGCCAUUCCAGGAACAGGCGGCAAAGGGCAUGUUUGAGGAGGCCCAACGACAGAUGAACAAACUGAAGAUUGACUUUACCGAGGAACACAUUUUGGGAACAACCAUAAAGAUUUUUAUUGACCAAAUAAAUAAGCAUCUUCUGGCUUUGCGCAAUAAGCUGGACAUUUCCGUGAAAGCUGAUCCCGCGGAGAAGCGUCUUCUUCGGUGCAAUGUAUCAUUUGUGGAGAUUUCUCCCAGCCUGGACCGUCGCUACUGUAGUCUCUGCGAGCGCCAGAUACUUUUUGAGCUAGAGAAGCUACAAGAACUAUUUAAUUCUGGCAGAAAUCUAAUGUGCCCCGUGUGCCGAGGUAGCUUUGCCGUGGAAAUGAUAACUGCAUAAACGUCAAAUUUAUUCUCAACCUUAA